GCUCACGAACUUCUCUAUGAAAAACAACUCAACGGCGACCACCGAAAAAAUGUGAAAAGAGUAGAAGCUUUUAUACAUAGCUAUCGAGGACAUUCAUCUUCAAUUCAUUGACCAAGAAUAUCCACACCAAUGUGAAAUUCAUCCAGGAGGAACACGACUUUCGCCGAUAACUAGGAAUUCUUCGCUGUUCUGGUUCCGUGCAGUCCUGAGGUGGAAAGUGGCAGAGAUGAAGGUGAUGAUGAUCAUGCAGUUUGAGUAGGAGUUCCGAGAGUUUCCCACUGGCUCUCCUUGACUUCUAAAGAGAGUUUCCCACUUCCCACAGAAAACUUUAGGCUCUCCUUGACUUCUAAUUUUUUUCUACAGGAUACCGAUACUAUCAGGAAGCAAAUAUUUUAAUGAACAAUUUUCGUAAUUGUGCGCAGGCUUUCUCGAGAAGUGCAACACUAGUACCACGACCACAAGCACAACAAGAACGCAAGAAUAAUUAACACAAAAACUUCAUAUUCAUAAAACCUACUAUCUAUACAAUCUUUUUCUGACAUCAAAAUCAAUAAGUGCAUGAGUCCUCCGUCUUCUCCUGUCUUGAAACGACAGAAAGUCGAUUCCAGAAGCUUCCACGCAGGAACCAUGACGACUAUCGUAAAGAAUCCUCUCGAAACGAAGGAGAUUCGGCCCCAGCUAAACCCAGUGAGGCGUUUGCUUCUAGGUCCUGGCCCUCAAAAUGCUCAUCCUAGGGUUCAUUCUGCGAUGGCCCUUCCUCAAAUCGGGCAUAUGGAUGGGGACUUCAUGAGAAUUAUGGAGGAAAUCAAAGUGCUGUUGAGGUAUUGCUCUUUUUCUUGAACCGAUAAAGUGCUGUUGAGCAGGAUCAGGAGCACCACCGGAUUGUCUAUUCUAUGAAUACUAAAAAAAAUCGUGUUGUUGUCCGUUGAAUAUGGCCUUUCACAGAUGAUCCCAUACGUUUGAAUUAUCUCUACGUCAUCAACAUCGUCACAACUUCCCCUCACGUUUGAAUUAUCUCGACGUCAUCAACAUCGUCACAACUUCUCCUCUUCAGGUAUGUUUGGCAAACGUCGAAUCCGUUUACGGUACCAGUCUCCGGUACCGGGUCUGCUGCAUGGGAAGCCGCGAUCGCGAAUUUGACCGAGUGGGGUGACACGCAUUUGAUUUGCAUCAAUGUUAUGAAGAAUCAGUUGAUUGUUAUCGUGGUCAUUUUCAACUUCAAGGUCAACAUAUGAUGACUACGACGGUUUAGACCCUACCAUGCUGUCGCUCACAUUCCUACCCUUGCAAUUGUGAUGGAGAAUACCAAGAAGAGAGGUUGGCCCUUAACUUGACGCCCAUUUACUUCUCCGCCGAUUCCCCCCUCCACCUCACCUCUAUCUAACCCUCGCUAUUUCGGAGAGAGGGCGUUGGAUAUGCAUGGAAGAUACACGGAUAAGAUUGAAAGCAUUAGCAAACCAUAUGGGCAAGCAUUUUCAGUGGAAGAAGUGGAAGAGGGCUUGAAAAAGUACAGUCCGACGUUGAUGUGGAUCUGCCACGCGGAGACGAGCACUGGUAUUGAUUGCGUAGUAGGCGUAAACUUCACCAGAAGAUACUCGUGACUCGGUGACAGAGACAAUUGUAGAAUCCUCAGUAGAAACAAACUUGUCCAUGAUAAGCAGCUUUCCUUCUUUCAUACACUCUUCUAAGUAGCGACGAUCUUCACGUGAACAACAACAAACAAAACAGCCUCCAUAGUAUCUCGUAUAAGCUAGAAUGAAAGUCGACGCUCGUCAUUUUUCUCUCUUGCGCCACGGUAUACUGCAUUUUUUUCCUUUAUAUCUUGGCCUAAAGAUGGGCCCAGACGGAGAGGCUUUUGAGGCUUUGACAAAGGUAAAAGACAAAGAAGAGAGACAAAGGAAGUCGACGAUGAGCUAGUCGCUACGAAGUCAGAUUAUCUGAGGCCCGUCGCUGUCUUUGUCUCUACGCCAUCAAACCCCUCAGCGCUUUUUUUGAUCAUAAACGCAACAAAGAUAAGAAACUUUCACAGGAGACCAGCAAAAGACUGCCGCAGCAGAAGUGAAGAGUUCUCAUUUCGCUUCACGACUGAGAAAGGCCGGCGCCUAUUCUCUUACUGAAGACGGCUCGCUUACUUUGACAGGCACAGCUUUCCAGGAUGGCACCAGCGCACUUUUUAAAUUAAUUGCCAGAAGAUGGCGCAAAUUUCCUAGACGUAUGACGCCAUUGGCCAGCCUCAGAGCCCACGAAUCUUGUGAAUGUCUUGAGGCAAUACACCCCCGCAAUGUGUUUCAUAGCGUUCGUUAUUCUUUCCGUAAUAAAAUCGGGUAAGAGACUGCCCUCAAGCUCAGACUUUGAAAAAGUUAGACUUUAGCGUGAGUGUAGUUUUUCGCUCGAUAUCUAUUUGCGUUGUGUUCUGAUCUGAGUCUUCAACUGUGGCCCACCGAGAUCACAACCAGAAGGGCGCCCGGCUUCCAUAAAAUGCAGCAGCACUGACGUCGCUUCUUUUUUUUGGAUGCAUGUCAUUCAUUAGCCAAGCCGCAUUCACUCACCGACGCCACCGCCUGGCUUAAUAACUUGCCAAAGAGCUUCGCUCCCUCCUUCUCUUAUCCGUGUCCUCCAACUUCGCUAAAAUGGAGCGCAGCGCAUAGUCUCCCGUUGCUCUUUUUUCACAGUCGUCAGCCAUUCUGUGAGGCAGCUUCGCUUUGCCUCUAAGUCUGCGCACUCCUUGGCCCAAUAACUUAGUGAGCCUCUGGGCAGCUUUGCUCUCAUGCUCACAGUCAACAGCCAGAAACGUGUCGCCUAUGAGUUAUAGAAUAAUCAACAAAGGCGCCACCCUCACGCAUUUAGGCGCCUCGUUUGCUGUCUUUGCAGAGCAUUGCCAAGCCAGGAAGAGUGUGAAUAUGGAACCGCGGCGCAACUGGCUAAGCCGUCGACUUCGUGCGGCUACUUCUCGCCACUAUGUGAGAGAGCAACGCUGUUAAUAACCUCUCCCCAUACGCUCAAGCUCGUUAGUUCUUCGCCAGUCAAUGUCAAUGAACCCAGCAGAGCGAGGCACGAAACGCAACGGCUAGAAAUGCAAACUGCUCGCGAAAUCGACACAAUUGCACCGACAUAGCUGGCCGCUGGUUUUCUUCACAAUCUGCGAGAUAUGGCAGGAGACAUACCCGCUGGCGCCAAAAGCUUUUACUGUGCACGCCGAACAGUUUCCGCAAGCGUUCAGCGCCCGGAAUGAACGGGAGCAGGCUCGCAGCCAAGUCUUUCACUAUUUCGAUCGGCGGCCUUUCCACUAAAGCAGGGCAGACAUGAAAGCCAGAGAAGUUUGGAGACGAGACGCAGUUACAGCAGCAGCCAAGCUCUUCAGCAAAGCGCGGCCGUGGAAUGCCGUUACACAGCUGGCGCGCCUGUUCGGGGCUUACCAGGCUGAUGCAUUUGUGACUGACUUGGGGGCGCAGGAGUUUGCAACUGCUGCGACGUGUACUCCAGCGAACAGCUGACGAAGGAAGGAGAUUCGUCUCGCGGUGUUUGAAAUGGGCACAGCAGCGCACUGUCUGCCACAACAUGAAGAAAAUACUCCGCGCCGCUUCCUCAGAAACAUCUAAAGCGCCUGGCGAACAAUGUCAAGCGCGACAGAAUUAGCAAAAUCAUAGAAAAAACCCCGCGCCGCUGCAAAAAGUUAAAAGCCCGAGCACCAAAAACCUGCACAAAGAAAAACGCGGCGCAUGACAGUGCGCGCGAAGCAUGUCGGGGCUUUCUCAUAAGCUUGCGGCCUUUCUAUGGCGCAAUCGGAGCCGAGCAGAUUGCGCAAAAGGUGCGCCCUCGUAGUACGUGGGACAAGACGCCGCGGGUGCUGCGUGGAGGCGGUACCUGUCGCGCCAGUUUUCAAAGGCGGGCGCCUCGAACGCUCUGCAACGUCAUCCAAGAUCGUCGGCUGGGUUUUUACACCUUACCAGGCCGCGCUGCUGAUGGGUAUUGGGCUGGAGAGUGAGAAGCUGAAAAAGCAGCGAGUAAGAUAUUAAUAAUCUUGAAGAGUCAGGGCGAGUCUUAGAAAGAAUCGACGAGGUUCCUCAGUGCUAACUUCAAGCCUAGCAACCUCUCCCGGGCAGGUUUCGACUUUUUUGCGCGCAGGGCUCUGCAAUGUCUUCGGCUUUGCCAGUCUGAGGAUUCUGCUGCUUCUGAUCCACAUUCUGAAGAAGGCACAGGCCCAAACUCGGACUGUGGCGCCGAGUCAGGUGAUUGCGGUUCUUUUUGUGAUGUUUGCAACAUCUUCAGACCGCACCAGUUUCGUCGAUAAUGGCGACCGCCGUAAAGUAUAGCAAAGCGGCGCGCGUGACUGCUCGCCAUGCGCUCGAUUUCCUUAAUGUUCAGCGGCGCAGUGUGCACCGUAGGGAGUUGGCCCAUGUCAGUCAAGCGAUGCGAUGCGCUCGCUUUUGCUAAGAAGUAACUUGCUUCGCACGUCGUGUGUUAUAUUUUCGCUAAACAUCUGCGGCGUGGGUCAGACAAUAACCGCAAAAGCGACGCGCACUUGCUACAAAAGAAGUGGGGGCGGCUCUCUAUCGUUUCGGUUUCGUAAUCAUCUUCGGGCGUAUUCUGUAACAGCUCGAAACUACCCCGAAAGCGUUAAGCAGCUAGAAAAAAACGCGCACCGCUGUGGCUUUUCCUAUCGGCGCUCUGUUAUCGUUUUGCCACAUGGUGCGGCGCAGACGUCUGCCAAUCUCUAUCGCCUUCCGCUUGGCUGCAGUGAAAUGCAAAAGGGCUCAGUGUGUAAAAAUGGCGCGCAUUUUUCUCGAACUAUCGGGCUCAGCUAUCGGCAGCGUCGCACGUUUUCCACAGUUCUUGCCUCAGUGCUCUGCUAAGCUAUUUAGCAUAGUCGGUUUUUCCGUUCUACCUCUUUCCCCUACUCUCAGCUCUAGCCUACCCCCUCGGUCUAAUAGUUCUCCACUCUCGUCACCUUUUUCGACUCCUUCAUCUUAUACGAGACAAACCGACCGCACUUAAUAAACUUAACAGCAGCGCAGGGAUGUCGCCAUCCCUGCGCUAGCCUGUGAUACCUACACUAACACUAGGUGUCUGCCAACCUGACAUCGACAAGAUCGGUGAAUUGUGUCGCAAGUACGACUGCCUCUUGAUGCUGGAUACUGUUACGAGUAUCUGCGGAGUACCGAUCUAUUUGGAUGAGUGGAAGGUUGACGCAGCCUACGCAGGUGGUCAGAAGUGCAUGGGCUGCCCACCAGGAAUCGCACCUUUGACUUUUGUUAUGAGAAAGAACCUCUUAGAUUUAGUGGGCUCUUUGUUUGAACUUGUAGAUACUAAUAAACAUGGCCAUUAGAAGAUUUUAGACUAAUUCUUGUUUUUAUAUCUACAUUUUCCUAGAAGUGAGGUUGGCUCCACCACUUUCAUAGAUACAUAAAGUUUGACAAGAAUUGAAAUGAGACUUGUUGAUUAGUGGUUGAUGUAGUAGUGUUUCUUGAGUGAUCUCCUGACCGAGAUCAUCUAACCUGCGUCCUCGAGCAAUGGCAAAAUUGGACAAGAGGAAAACCAAAGUUGCUUCCUGGUACUUGGAUAUGACGAUGAUAAGGAAAUACGUCGAAGCAGUGGAUGGGGCUCCACGGUACUAUAUUAUAGUUGCUUUUAUGAUUAUAACUGGAACAUUCAGACCCACACACAGAUUUUUGGGAUCUUUUCCUGGAUCGGUCCCAAAGGGGACCUUCGUGCAGGUCGCUCGCAGCUCGGACUCGGACCGGUCGCCGGCGCCACCUGGCGUCUGAAUGUUCCAGUUAUAAUGAUUUCAAGAAAUUGCAAUUUAGGAUCUUGUGAAUUUGGAUUCAACUCUGAACCGGUACUGAUAGUACAUCCACCUAUUUAUUACGCAAAGAACGAAGUAGAACAAGAACACAAAAGCACUUAUUUUCCUCAAUGAACAGGAAUUGUCUUUUUCUUAGUUGACGCGAUUCGAACAUCAACUCUUAAUCCCACCAACAGAGUGUACCAUCACACGGCACCGAUUUCCAUGGCAUAUGCUAUGAGGGAAAGUCUUACCCUCGUUGCGGAGGAGGGCCUGUCUCAGUGCCACGCACGUCAUCGCUCAAAUGCUGAAUACUUCUGGUCAGAGUUGAAGCGAAUUGGUCUAGAGCCUUUUGUCGAUCCAGCGAUUCGAGUGCCGAGCCUAACGACUGUUAAUUAUGACGCAAGAUCAGUAGAACACCUAGACCUGCUACAGUCUGCAUUUAUCUAGUAUUUUUGUUCUCGGAUACGGAUUUAGGCGAUAUGGAUUUAGAAAGUUCACUCUUUUUAGUUUGAAUAGAGUCUCGGAUACGGAUACGGGAUUUAGAAAGUUCACUCUUUCAGUUUGAAUAGAGUCUCGGAAUCGGAUACGCAUACGGGAUUUAGAAAGUUCACUCUUUCAGUUUGAAUAGAGUCUCCUUCCACUUCCAGGACAGCUCUAACACAGGAUCCCCGCCGACGUGGAUGGGAUGAAAGUUAUCGGCAUGAUGCGCGACGAGUUCGAGAUCGAGAUUGGAGGUGCGCUUGGAACGCUGAAAGGCGUCUGCUGGCGAAUUGGCCUCAUGGGAUACAAUAAUCGCAAAGAGUGCGUGAAAACAGUCAUUGGAGCAUUGGAAGAAUGCCUACAGAAAUGCAAGAAAUAAGAUUAUUCCAUUUAUCAGAAAUGCAAAAUGAAAUAAGAGGAGUAUGUUCGGGAAGGACAACAUGGCGAAUAUAGACCUCCUUGAAUUGCGUCUCUACAACAAUUCCCCUCGCAUGAUCCCCGACAUUUAAAGUCCCACCUUCACCAGACUUAUCCAGAAGAUACUCUGAGAGAGAAAGCACUCAUCUAAGAGGAAGCAUCUAUGCAUCUAGAUGUCAACACUCUGGGUUAGAACCGUCAGCGAAGCUUCCGCGCGCUAAAACAACC